CCGUGGCCAUUCUGACAUCAGGAGGCCCCCCGCAGGCAUCCUGCACCCAACUGCGUGCCCACCCUGCUGGGGCCAGGACCCAUGGCGCUACAGGUGGAGCCUCGCACCGCCGCAGCUGUGGCCAUCCAGGCCUGGUGGCGUGGGCAGCUGGUGCGGCGGGCGCUGCUGGUGGCAGACACCAGCGCCCGGCGCAUCCAGGCCUGGUGGCAGAAGGCGGCCAGCCAGCAGCAGGAGCAGCAGCGCCUGCAGGUGCUGGUGGACUACAUCAGGAUGGAGCGGGCCAGCGUCCUGCUGCAGGCUCAGGUGCGAGCGUGGGCAGCCCGGGCCAAGUACAAGCGCUGCCAGGAGGCCGCCCGCACUAUCCAGGCCCGCUGGCGGGAGCACGCGCGCCGCCGGGCGCAGGGGAUGGCGGCCAGCGGCUGUGCCAAGGAUGUGGACCUGCUCAUCGAGGUCAUCCUGGGCUGAGAAGCCCCCGCAUGCUGCUGCGGAGCCUGGGGCAAAUAAAGCACUGUCCCCGUGGAGGGACAGCCACCAGCAUGGAUGCAGACCCCUGCAUGAUGGCCGGGCCGGGCUGGGACCACCACAGAGAAGGGGCUCCCACCUGAAGAGCUGAAGCUCCCCUGCCGCUGCCAGGGAUGUGACAGGGCUGGUGUACGAGGGAGUGCCUGCACCCACCCUAGCCCCAUGCAGGUGGAGAUGGAGGCUUUCCUUAGCAGAUAUGGGCCCCCCUGGCAGAGCCCGGCAGGGAAACAGGCACCAAGCCCAGGGGUGGGAUGGGCUCUGGGCUCCCUGGCUCCAGGAGGUCUCUGGCAGGUGAGGUUGGGCAGCUCUGCAGCCGGGUCGUGCCCUCCUGCCACUCCUACCCACAGCCCAGACCCAUCUUGCGCGGGGUACCUGGAUGGAAACGUCGCUGUAGGAGCCCCCAAUGACGCCAGUGAUGGCCAUGGGCACAUCAUCAUGCACAGCGUAGGAGCCGUCAGGACAGAUGUGCUCGGAGCCAUCCACCCUGGUCAGCGACGCACGGACAAAGUCGAGUGACUGCUCGAGGGCGUAGGUGUCCUUGGAGCAGGUGUCGAGGAUGUGGGCGCCCAGCCUCACUCCUGGCAGGAUGCUUGGGUCCUUGUUGAUCUCGUCCAGUGCAAAGAGCAUGGCCUCGAGGCGCUGGAUGCCCCGGUGCUCAUUGAUUUUGCCACAGUCUUCGCUGCCCACUCCUUUCUCGUGGAUGGGGAAGAGCCCCCCUAUGACCAGGUCCCCCUCGGUGCUGAUCUCCUUCUUGCUGGUGGGGCCAUGCACGGCAGCCAGGCAGGAGGCCAGACGCAUCAGCCAGAACCAGGCAGCAAAGGGGACCUCCAUGGGGUGCGAUGGCACCAGCUGGGGACCCAUGUGCCCCAUGUCACACGGUGCCAGGCAUCAAGGGGGGGGCAGCCGGGCCCCAGCCAUCGGGUGCAGGGAUGGCACAGCGUGGUGAUGGCAGGGGGUUGUGCUGCCCUGGCGGAGCCCUUGGUGCCUGGAAAAGCAAAGGGGUGCCAUGGGGUGAGCCGAGAUCGUCCCCCCACGCAGCACUCAAGCUGAGAGGGGACACUUGAGGCAGCUGAGCCGGACACUUGGGCACUAUCAUCUCGUGUCCCUGGCCCCAAGAUGCCCCACCAGCCCAGGUUCCCCCCAGGAGGGAGCCCCUCGCAGCCCAUGGAAGGGAGAGCUGAGCAGAUGUGACAGCUCCAGCAGUGACCCAGGACUUGCAGGACACCAGCGAGUGACACAGAUGCAGGCAGACACGCAGGGGCCGAUCCGGCUGCCCAGCUCCCCAGGAUGAGUUGGCACGUGCAGGGAGGCAGGGAGCCAGCUCCUGCAGCAGCGCCAAGCAGCACAGCCCGGCAGGGGAGAGCUUUGGGAAAGGAUCCAGGGACGUUGCCCAGGGGCAGGGGCAUCUUCCAGGGCAGGGACAGAGGCAGACCCGACGCUGGCUCUGAGCAGAGCCCCCAGACCCCAGCGCCACCUGCCUGGCUGGGGACGGCUGCUCUGUCCCACAUGCGAGGGGCCUGGGGGACAUCCAGCCCCCCCGAGCCCCCCGAGUCCCAUCCCCACUGGGCACCAAGCACAAAGUGCAGGGCAGAGGCACGGGGCUGGCUCCAGUCUGCGGAGCUCAAGGCUGUUCUCUCACCACCGCCCCUUCCUUCCCCGUACACUAAAUUCAGAGAUUUCAGUAAAAGUAAGAGGCAGGUUUGCUGGCUCCUUCUGCAUAAACCACGGAGGAGCUGGGGAAUCAAAGUCUUU